AUGGAGACACAGUAUAAUAUAUACUAUCAAACAUAUUCACACAAACCUCCCGCUAAUUCAACCGAAAUUUUUCAAUUUUUUGGAAAGAUAAAAAAUUUGGAUGGAAGUUUAGAUAGAAGUUUAAAUAGUUACAUUUGUCUAUUUCUUGUCGUAUGGGAUAGUGACCCAGAUCUUUUUAAUACACCUGAAGAGUUUUAUUUUGAAUCAUAUCUCGUUCAAAAUGCAAUAAAAAAUAUACAUUUUCACUGUGGGCCUGUUAAUAAGGAACAUGAUUAUCUUGCACAAUAUAUUCAAAGUAUAGAAUCAAGGGAUACUCAAUUGCGACAUAACGUGAUUAAUAAGAUUAUUCAUUACCUUCACCAGAAUAGUUUACCAAAUUCCAUUCAAGAAGGUCUAUCUAAGAUGAAUCUGUCACAAAAACAUUUAUUACGUUGGAUAUGUACUCUUGGGAUUCAAUCCCAUACUUAUUUACAAAUUGCAGACUAUAUUUCUUCAUAUAAAUUUAUGCCCCGUAUUGAUUUUAUGUCUUAUGGACGCUACCCGAGUAUGCAAGAUGCACAAAAUAAUAAAUCAGAACAGAUAAUGGUUUUAGAAACAAAAAACAAAGAAUUGGCCAAUAAACCUAAAAGUGAAAAAGACAAACCAUGGAAACAUCAGGUCAAGAAACAAUCAAACAAAUUACCUUUGGACAAAACAUCACAAGACGAUAUAAAAAGUUUGCGUCAAGAGAUAGAACGUCUGCGUCAAGAAAUAGAACAUUCAAGAAGCGAAGCAGCAAAAUAUCAAGCUGCAUUAGGGGAUGCCACAAAUUUCUCAUGGAAAGAUGAUGAUCCUAAUAAUCCUUGUUAUUUAGUAGAUGGAUUCAAACAUCUUCAACGUGAAUUAUUUAGUUUCACUGGAGUAAAAGGAUCUAAAAUAAAAAUUCAUGCACAAGCGGUCAAUGAGUUGUUUAAAGAAUAUAAACGUUCGAUAACUUCUGAUGACCCAGGAAUGAAACCAAUUCUUUCUGCAGUCUUACAAAGACAUGUAUUUGAAUUUAUUUAUGACGAAAUAAAACAUUAUUUUGAAAAUCCUUCAAUAGACCAACCUGGUAAUAUACCGGAUGAUUUGCUUGAAGCCAAUAUCAUCAAAAGAACAGAAGACUUGAUUAGCUUAACUAGUCAUUUUUCAAAAAUUAACCCGGGAGACGACAUGCAUACGCGUGUUCUUCCAAUAAAGAUACGUCAACAAAUUUAUGCUGCUUUAGGUUAUAGGGGAUUUACCAAUCCAGAUCAUCCACUCAUUCAAAGAAUUGUCAAAGAACUCUUGGAAUUAAUGGAUAGAUACAGAACAAUAGAAUCAAAAGAAAAAAAGGACCAAUUAUCGUCGAAAGCAAAAUAUAUAGUUAAGCAAAUUAUGAAUUUGUUUUACUUUCGUAUAUACACUCAAGAACAACCUCCAGAAUUUAUUUUUUAUGAGAGUGGUGAGGCCUUCGAUGGUAUGAGCAUGGAAAACAUUGCUUUGGAGGAUUCAGAGGAAUCUGAUGUUGAAUUUUGUGCUUUUCCAGCGGUAGCAAUUAUGGUGAAUAAUAGUAAUAUUUAUGACAGGGUACUUGCUAAAGCACAGGUGAUAUUACGACCUAAAGUUAAUAAAUGUAACCAUUCUUAA